AUGCUCAUCCAGGAAGGUUGCACAGACAAGAUUUUGUUCGAUAUGCCCAUGAUUACCAUUGACGACUUCCAAUUCGGAGUCUUAGCACCUGAAGCACGAGCCCUCGUGGAUGACUGCGAUGUUGCUCACACGGUUGAAUCACAGAAGAUACAAGCCCAUUUGUUCAUCGAGAAGACCAAACUCUGUCAAUUGUCACUCUUUUCACGUAUCGCAGAUAGAGUGACUAUGCUGGCGCGUGGAACCAACGAACAAGAGCCAGCGUCCUGUCGGCAGAAAAAUGGUAUUAAUGACGAUACGACGGAGGAGCUGCGUAGAUGGAGCAUGGAGCUUCCGGCUGCAAUUCGCUAUCAAUAUCCAUCGAGGCUGGUCCAGAAUGAGUGGGAUAGAAGCACGUACUUACAUCGAGCGUGGCUGCGACUCCUAAAUUUGGGUUCGUUGUACGCGGUCUUCUCUGAUCAAUUCCAAACAGCCAACGAGACUUUCUCCAGUCCAUCGACAUGGAUUCAAUCCGUCCAGGCGGAUCGGUUGUUGUCAGAUAUCACGGAUCUAUUUGAUGAGGUUGACAGUCUGGGGCUGUUGGAAUUUCUACCAUCCUCUGCCACGCCACUGUUAGUGUUGGCCCUAACUUACCACCAGCGACCCCUCAGCGCAACUUCGUCCUUUGACCAAAAUAAUAGAACCCGCUCCUUGCAAAAAUGUUGGAAUAUGAUCCACAGGCUGGAAGAAACAUCUCGACUGGCGGGACAUACAUUAGCAGCGCUUAAAGACUCCGUAUGGGAGGAAAUGUGGGACCAUUUUGCGUCUAGGCUACUACCCCACGACACAUACUUGACCUCAGGGGGCACAAAGUAG